AUGUCGAUCAAGAUUGCAGCUGCACUAGCCCUCUUGGCCGUGGUGGCCGUCAGCGUUGAGGCCCAGAACCGCCUUAUUCAACCUCUGCCGAGAUUCUUCGCACGGCCACGAUAUGCCGUCGGUGGACAACGUGUCGUCGGUGGAUUCGAGAUCGACGUGUCCGAGGCUCCGUAUCAGGUGUCUCUACAGUACUACAAUCGUCACAACUGCGGUGGUUCCGUCCUGAACAGCAAGUGGGUGCUGACUGCCGCUCACUGCACAUUCGGAGCCCCUGAGUCCGCCCUGUCCGUGCGAUACGGAUCUUCAAAGCACGCUACCGGAGGUACUGUGGUCCCUGUAAAGCGCGUCGUCAUGCAUCCAGGAUACAACUCUGCCACGAUCGACUACGAUUUCUCGAUGCUGGAAUUGGAGAGCGAGGUCACCUUCAGUGAAUCAGUUCAGCCGGUCGCUCUUCCGGAACAGGACGAGGAGGUUGAGGAUGGCACCCUUACGACCGUGUCCGGAUGGGGUAACACCCAGAGCGCCAGCGAGUCUAAUGAAGUUCUGCGAGCUGCCAAUGUGCCUACGGUGAACCAGAAGGAGUGCGACAACGCCUACGAAUCGUUCGGAGGAGUUACUGACCGCAUGCUGUGCGCCGGAUACAAGCAGGGAGGCAAGGAUGCCUGCCAGGGUGAUUCCGGUGGCCCGUUGGUAACUGAGGGCAAGCUGGUCGGCGUCGUGUCCUGGGGAUACGGCUGUGCCAAGGCCGGAUAUCCGGGAGUGUACUCUCGUGUCGCUGCCGUUCGCAAGUGGGUGCGCGAGAACAGCGGAGUGUAAGAAAACCACAUAACACAAGCUUCGGAAAAAUAUGAUCGAAUAAAACAAAUCGAAUA